AUGAGGAUGAACCCUCCAGCCUUUACAGGAGGACCUGAUCCCAUGGUUGCAGAAAACUGGGUACAGGAGAUAGAGGAGAUCAUGGUUGUACUCGACUGCACGGACAAGCAAAAGGUCCGUUAUGCUGCAUUUAAGAUGACUGGAGAAGCAAAGCGUUGGUGGCUCUCUGCGAAGCUGCUAGAGGAUCAGAGGGGGGAUAUGACAAUUGCGGAGUAUGCGACUAAAUUUGUAGAACUGUCGUGUUUUGCUCCAUUUCUAGUCUCGAAUGAAGUAAGGAAGGCCAGGAAAUUUAAGAAAUGCCUGAGGCGCAUGAUCUACGAGCUGGUGGUCGGGUUUCAGAGUAUCCAAGGUAGCACUGAGCCUUCAGAGAAGAAGAAGAGACCUGCACCAUCUGGUUUUCAGUCUGAGGCCAGUCAAAGAUCAGCGAAGAAAGGGAAAGAAAUAAUGGUCUCUGUAUACUCGAAGUGUGAUAAGAGGCAUAGGGGCGAAUGCUGGUAUGACACUCUGAAUUGCUUCAGGAUGGAUCCAAAAGGAAAUAGUGCCAAUGCUAGUGGCAGUGAAGGAGCAGGACCAUUAGGUGUAGCUGGGACCGACUAUGACGCGGAGACCGAGAAGGUCUUGGCCAUGUUGCAGUGUACUGAGGAACAAAGGUUCCUUUUCACCACCUAUAGACUGAAAGAAGAGGCUGAGAGGUGGUGGACUACAGUGAGACUAUUGGAACAGCAGAGGGUGACCCUUAUAGAUAUGACAUGA